AUGCGAUUUUCGCUACUCGCGCCACUCCUAGUAUUGCUGCUGGGAGAAGGCUCUCUCGCGAAAGAAGAGUACACUGCGGCGGUCAUACCGGGUACAGGCUGUAUCUGCAUGGUAAGAUUAAGCCAAAAGCAAAGAGUCGCGUGGCAUGAAGUUAAGAAACCACAGUCACAAGCUCCUAAUGGUCGUUCCACCGAAAUCCACGAGCGCACCGAGACAUGCUGCAAGGUUAAAAAAGGCUUAAUGCGCGGGACUGUGGACUUUUGGGGCAGAACCAAAAAUUACUGCCAUUUCGAAGAUUUUUUCAGCCCACAGGAUUGGGAUCAGGAUUGCUGUCGCCGUAUUUUCCACAACGACGAGUCUGGUAUAUCUUCCGGUUAUUGCAACGCCGCAACGAUAUAG